AUGAUUUUGGGGGGUCCCAAACGAGAGAGAAGAGAGUUUUUAUGGAGUGAAGAAUUGGAGGAGGCCUCAGCCGUGGUUGCGAAACACGUCAAGCUCCUGCGGGAGUACAACCAGAUCAAGGAUGUGGGGCAGCAGCUGAUGGGUAUGGUUGCCGAGAAGAGGGGCGUCACCGUGGGAAGUCUGUAUGAGACUCGCGAGUUUGGAGUUGGGCCGAAGGAUUGA